CUGGGUCGGCCGGUGAGGAGGUGACCGCGCGUGCGCAGAGCGGGCGGCCGUUGUCUCAGUCAGGGAGGGGAGGCGGCGGCGGCUCUCAGUUCGGCCAUGAACGGGUUCCGUGUCGGGGCGACCCCCUUGGGCUUCUCCGCGGCGGCUGCCCGGAGCGGCAGCAGCGAGAGCCUGGAGAAGAUCGACAUGUCGCUGGAUGAUAUAAUUAAAUUGAAUAAGAAAGAAGAGAGAAGGCAGUACUCCCCCCAAAUGAACAGAAGGCUUCAACAGAAUGGAACUCGACAGUUCAGGAUGAGGGGGACCAGGUGGGGAAUCCAACAGCAAACAGGUUUCGGUAAGAACCGUUUGGGACGCAGGAGGAGGGUAACAGGGAAGAAGCGGCCCUAUGGAGUUAUAACUGGCUUGGCAGCGAGGAAAGUACUAGGUUCACGUGGCGGGAUUAGUCCUCUGAACAGACAACCACUUAGCGAGAAGAACGCACAGCGAAACUAUCCAGUUUUGAAAAGGAAAAUGACUCUUCAGAGGCCGUUUGAAUUGCAGAGAAAACAAAUGCCAGCUCUCAGGAGGCCGGUCCCAUUAAACAGGAGGAGUAAUAUACCAUCCACUUUUGCCAGAAUUGGAAAUAAACUAAACCAGCAGAAAGACAUGCGUCAAGCAACUUUCCUCUUCAGGAGGGGUCUGAAGGUGCAGGCACAAGUACAGCCAGUAGAAGAACUUCUGGAUAAUCAGGCAGCAAAGAGAACUCGCCAAUGGCGAACUUCUACCACAAAUGGAGGCAUUCUGACUGUAUCUAUUGACAACCCUGGAGCAAUCCCAUCCCCAGUUUCCCAGAAGCCACGGUUAACUCGUAUUCCUAUGCCUCCAUUUCUAAUGAAGAAGGAGCAACCAGAAGAGAAGAAGAUUCCCAAAGGAGUUACGUUGCAAUUUGAUAUCAACAGUGUUGGAAAACAGACUGGAAUGACUUUGAAUGAGCGCUUUGGGAUCCUCAAGGAACAAAGAACAGCCCUGUCUCAGAACAAAGGAAGCCGUUUCGUAACAGUGGGUUAGAGGCUGUCGAAAGGACACGUAUAUUGAAGACUCCACCGAUCUGAGAAACUGGGAUGAAAGUGGGCAGAAGAGUAUAGCAUACGUCACUGAAGUUCUCCAGACUUUUGUUAGGAUGCUGACACAACUAAAUAUCCUUAUUGAUUUUACUUUUAAUAGUAAAAAGACACAAUGACCCAGGCAAAAAUAGGGCAACUGAUCUACUUGGUAAGUGAUGGUGUGUUCUGAUCUAAACAGAUUUUGUGUAACCCCAGCUGGUGAUUAAGGCAGGAGAUUUAUUUCAGUUUCUCUCACAGCCCAAGUACAAACGACAAGCAACAGUUAAUUAUUUUUGUUAGUGACAUUCAGUAUCUGCUCCUCAACCCCUGCUAUAGUGAAGAUCAUGUCAAUAUUUCCAUUACAAACCUCUUUUCAGAGGAGCAGAGACUCUGCCAGAAAGCUUCCCUCCAGAUUGCAGUUUGGCAUAAAGCCUGAGUUUGAGAGUAUUUCUGUUCAAGAUGUAGCCGCCUUUUUCUUUCUUAGGGGUUUGGUUGUAAUUCUUUGUGCUUCUGACACUCAUGUUUUUUUCUUCUUUGGAGACUAAAUUUUUUGCAUCCUCAUUUGAAAAAGUAAAACUGUCAGGCCAGGUACUUAACAGGCAUGAAGACUAUACUACUCAUCCUUAAAAGUGGUCCCCCCCCAAGUCAGGGUUGGGCAGUAGGGGAGAAGCUUGUACUGCAGCUGUUCAUGUUGUAUCUGCCGCCUCAGUAAAUGGAACUUUCUCUUGCAUUUUGUUUAAACUCUACCCUUCUAUUCCUUUUUUAGGUUUUCACAAAUGUAAUGCAAUAUGUUUGUGUUUGGUGUCCCUUUUAUAAGGGUAAAUACUGACUUUCAUAUAAGAAAGGGUAAUGUGCUAAGUUUCCUAACCCUCCCAGACUCUGGAUUUUAAUGUCAUAUACCUUGCCCCUAAAGGGUUUCCUCAGUCUUUUUUAAGAAGCAGCCACACCGGUAAACUAUCAAAUGGCACCUGUUUGUAUAUACCAAAGAGAAAUCAAGGAUGAGCCUGAUCUGAAGUAAAGUCAAAUAUCUUGACUGACAUUGAAGCUGGGGAAGAAUUGCUGGGAUAAGAGGCCCACAUUUUGCAGACAAGUAGGCACAUGCUUAACUUUAUGUACAAGAGUAAUCCCACUGGCUUCAAUGAGACUGUGUAAAAGUUAUGCAUGUGCAUAAUUAUCUGUAGGAUGACUGCCAAAUUGGAGCAUCCUCAUUGUGCAGUCACACCCUUAAUGGAAACAAAGCACCUGUUCAAAAUUGUACAGGUAAAAUUACCUUCAAUUCCAUGAGCUAGUGGAUUUUCAACUGUUUCAUAGCAAUGGGACUUAGAUAUAGCCAGAUAAAAGGAAUUGUUGGCUUGCUGCAUCCACAGAUGCCUAUGGUGCAAAGUAGUUUUAAUACUCUCUUGCUUAGACUAUUGAUUCAACUUUUUAAAAACUGGUUUCUUUGCACUUUUUCUGAAAUUCCAAGUAAACAGCUUGUUUACCCAAGAGUUUAACAUUGAGAGCAUUUUACAGUGGAAGGACUUUCUUUCAUAUAGCAGUUUUAAAGUCAAAAUGCAUCCUUGACACUGUUCAGUACUUAACCCUUUAUUUUUAACUUUGAAAACGUACCUAGCAAAAAUUUAAUUAAAACUUUAUGGGUGUUAAGGUUUUUUAAAUUACCAGUAGAAAUUUUGUUGAAAAAAGUCCCUCUGUUAGAAUUUAGGUAAUGUGGUGUUAGUCAUCCUGUUUCAGUGCAUACAUUUCCUGUGUACCAGGAUGCAACAAAGAUGCAAAACAUUGAUGCAAUGCAUCAUGAAAAGCUAGUUUGUAUUUAAUGAGAGAUGGCUUUACACUGUACCUUUUUGAUAUUUUUUUUGGAGAAGUUACUACAUUUGGAUCUAUUCUGAAGCUUGUUGGUUUUUUAAAUAAAAUGUUACAGGUUUCACAUUUUGUGCCUGCUUAUAAACCUUUGGCCAGUACAUUGAUAAAUUAUGCAGAUUUCAAAUAUCACACAAGGGAGAAUUCAGUUCUUGUUAACUGUAGCUCUUAAUUUGCUGUAUGUUCCUUGAAACAUUUAACAUAAAGAAAUCUGCACUCUUGAGUCAGCCUACAUCCUGAGAUGUGACCAGCACUUCCUGCUGCUGUAUUGUGUGAACUAUGAAUUUCAUUUGAUGAAUACGUUAAUUAAAACUGACAUUUCUGA